AUGGCAAAUCUGAAUACGACUGAUAUGGAAGUAUUUGUGGACCAGAAAUUUAUUCUUCAUCAAGUCAAAUUCUGGUUAAUACUUGUCCUGCAAAUUCCAGCUAUUCUAAUUUCUCUACUCAUUUUCGUCUUUCUUUUCACACAUCGUCCAGUUCUACGUUCUCCACAGAAUCAAAUUCUCUGUAUUCUUUUGACGAUCAAUUUGAUUCAAUUAGCUUUUGAUCUUCCUCUUCCUCUUCACUUCUAUUAUCAUGGUUAUGUCAGCUCAGCUAGUCCAAGAUUUUGUAUGUUUUGGACAUUCUUCGAAUUCACGUUGUACGCAACCAGCGAGUUUCUCGUGGCAACUAUGUCUAUUCAACGACACAUACUCAUUUUCAGCAGUCAUGUCUUACGCAUUCGCUGGAAACAUAUCGUAUUCUAUGAUCUGCCAAUAUUAUUUUGUUUAGUUUAUCCGAUCACAUUCUAUGCAUGCAUUAUUUUCUUCUAUCCAUGCGAUGGUCGUAUACCGUAUGAUUAUACCAACAAUCUAUGCGGAUUUACUGAUUGUUAUCUUAUGUAUGAUAGAUUUUGGGGAACAUACGAUUGGUUAGUGAAUAAUGGGUCACCAAUGUGCAUUGAUUCUUUGGCUAAUUUCUUCUUGAUUAUGCGAGUUGUUCAACAGAAACAUCGUCGUCAACAAAAUGUGUCUUGGCGACAACAACGACACAUGAUUAGACAACUGUUUUGUGUUUCGACUCUUUACAUCAUUGGAUGGGGACCAUGUCUUGUGGUUGGAGUCUAUCAAAUAUUCGUCGAUCCGAAUUUCCUUUCUGCAGUUCAAUCGGGUUAUUUACUCGAUCUCAUCUAUGGAAUAUGCCUUUUUCUUCCAUGGAUGUAUCUCGGUGUACUUCCUGAUUUCAAGAAAUGGAUUCUGGUAUUGUGUCGAUGUGGACAACGUCCCAAUACGGUUGGAACAACUGUACAGAGAAAUCGUAUAGAAACUGCCUUAUAA